CUCUAUGUAUACGUAUAUAUAUGCGUUGAAGGAAGAUGUAGAGAGAGAGAAGGGAAGGGUCCAUGAGAAUCGACGGAGACCUGGUCAAAUAAAUCCCCCGAAAAGCAGCACUAUCUAUCUCUCUCAAUAUUUAAUGGAUGGUUUUCAAAAGAUAGAGAGAUUCUUUGUUGGCGGAUGAAAUCUAAAUCACCUUCCUUCUUCUCCUUUCCAAAAGUCCUGCAACUUUUUUCUAUUGUCAAUUGCAGCACGCCUAUGUAAACGCUCAGGUGUAGGCAUUUGGCAAUGACCCUAAAUUCGGCACCGUGAAUCAAAGUUACAAGCUGCAAACAUGAGUGACCAAAUGCACGGACCUCUUGACCGCCCUAUUCGUUCAAGUAUGGAAAAACUCGACCUAGAGAACCAUGACGAUGAAAAGAAGUCUAAACACAACUCUUUUAAGAAGAAGGCGAUUAACGCAUCUAAAAGGUUCAAAACUUCACUCACUAAAAAGGGAAGGAGGAACAGCAGAGUGAUGUCUGUUGUGGUUGAAGAUAUCCAUGAUGCCGAGGAAUUGAAGGCAGUCGAAGCUUUACGUCAAGCUUUGAUCUUGGAAGAUUUAUUGCCACCAAAGCAUGAUGAUUACCAUACCAUGUUAAGAUUUUUGAAGGCCAGAAAAUUCGAUACUGAGAAAGCCAAGCAAAUGUGGGCUGAUAUGUUGCAGUGGAGGAAGGAGUUUGGCGCAGAUACCAUCAUGGAGGAUUUUGAGUUUAAAGAAAAGGAAAGUGUGAUUGAAUAUUAUCCGCAUGGACAUCACGGGGUUGAUAAGGACGGAAGACCUGUUUAUAUCGAGAGACUUGGUCUAGUUGAUGCCACCAAGCUUUUACAAGCCACAACCCUUGAUCGUUAUGUAAAAUACCAUGUAAUGGAAUUCGAAAGGAUUUUUAGCGAUAAAUUUCCUGCAUGCUCAAUUGCGGCUAAAAGACAUAUCGAUCAGAGUACCACCAUUCUUGAUGUCCAAGGAGUGGGACUGAAAAGCAUGAACAAAGCUUCUAGGGAACUUAUACAAAGUCUCCAGAGUAUUGAUGGUAACAACUAUCCUGAGACUCUGUGUCGCAUGUACAUUAUCAACGCUGGGUCGGGCUUUAGGAUCUUGUGGAACACAGUGAAAUCGUUCCUUGACCCGAGGACUACCGCUAAGAUUCAUGUUUUAGGCAACAAAUACCAAAGCAAGCUCCUGGAAGUCAUCGAUGCCAGUGAACUUCCGGAAUUCUUGGGUGGUACGUGCACCUGCGCAGAUAAAGGCGGUUGCAUGCGAUCCGAUAGAGGUCCAUGGCAAGAUCCAGAUAUCAUGAAGAUGGUACGUAAUGGUGAACAUAAAUGUCCGGUGCAUGCAACCCCAGAUGAGGUUGUAUCCGGCGAAGAACACAUGAAGCCUGCACAUCUGCCUCCGGUUCGUGAAGAAGAUCCUACAAACAAAAACAUUCCAAGUGCAAAUGAGCCCAUUGUUGACAAGGCUGUUGAUGCAACUUCUUGUAAACAAAAGCAGAAGCUUUCCCUUUCUAAAGAUAGUGAUGCUUGCAAGCUUACAUCUACUAAUAAGAUAGCCAACCAGCUGCUAAGAUUUGUGAUGACAUUGAUGAUGGGACUUGUGACACUAAUUCGAAUAACACGUAACAUGCCCAAAAAGCUUACAGAUGCCACUUUAUACUCUACCGGAUUUAUAGAGGAUUAUGUGGUUAAUAAAAAGAAGAAACGGUUGCAAGCAUCCACUAUCUCCGCUGCUGAGUACUUAACGUUGAUGAACCGUUUAGCCGAAUUGGAGGAAAAGAUCAUUGUUUUGGAUAAUAAAGCGGCUGAGAUCCCACCCGAGAAAGACGAGCUCCUUAAUAAUGCAUUGAAACGUGUUGAUGCAUUGGAAACAGAACUUGCUGCUGUCAAGAAGGCUCUUGAUGAAUCUCUUAUCCAAGAAAAAGAGCUGGUGGCGUACCUGGAGAAGCAGAAGAAAAGGAGGAAGAAGAGGAAGAAGAGGUUCUAUAUUUUUUGAGUUGUAUAUAUGUGUGUGUGUGUGUGUAUAUAUAUAGACACACACACACCAAGUAUCAUAACAUGUGACAAAAAAAAAGUUGUUUUGUGACUGUAAUACUACUCAUUCGCCUGCUGUAGCAACUCCUUCUGCAUCUGUGCUUGUCCAAUUAAUAAAAUAUGGCCUUUAACCUU